GUUAGCCAGUGGAAUCACCGUUAAAAGCCGUUGACAUGUGAUUUUGCCUUCUACUUCUCGCAAAUUCUCCAAAAUCUCCUUGCCUUCCGCAGACAGAGACCUGCCUAAUGAUCCUCUACUGCGGCACUCCAUAUCAUAGCUCCAGUGCUUGAAAGAGCAAAGAAACGAACAUGCUAGGGGUAUUUCUGGUAAUUGCCCAAAUCCACAAGCAAGCAACUGUAGGAAGCAAGUUCUCAAUUUACCACACUUUCACUGCACAGCGCCAAAUGCCAAAAUCUUUUCUGCUUUUCUGCUGCCACAAUAUUCACAGAAAUCCUUUGAUUUGUUUUGUAAAGCUUUCGCUGCCUGUUGACAGCAAAUUCAUUCUGCCACGAGGGAAUUCUAAAAGAAGAAGUCAAUUCAACCUAGAAAGGCUAAUACCCUCUGCUGGUUGGAUUACAAGAGCAUGGAAACUAUCUGAAGAAGAAAUACUGUCAUCCUCAGGCUUAGAUGCUGUGGUUUUUAUGCGAGUUAUUACCUUCAGUUUGAGAGUAUUUUCAUUUGCUGGGAUAAUAGGGGUCUUUGUUCUUCUUCCGGUGAAUUGCAAGGGAACUCAACUUCAUGAAAUCGACUUUGCAGACUUGUCAAAUAAUUCAUUGGAUGUGUUUACAAUUUCAAAUGUAAAUAGUGGCUCAAAAUGGUUAUGGAUUCACUUCUCCGCUGUGUAUAUCGUCACUAUCUUCAUAUGUUGUCUACUUUAUUAUGAAUAUAAAUAUAUAUCUUCGAAAAGAAUUGCUUAUUUUUAUUCAUCCAAACCUCAGCCACAUCAGUUCACCAUCUUAGUUCGUGGUAUCCCUGUUUCAGUUGGCAGCAGUGUCAGCGAAAGUGUUGAGAGCUUCUUUACAGAGUUUCACCCUACCACUUAUCUGUCGCAUGUGGUUGUUCGUCGAACUAGCAAACUUCGGAAUCUUAUUAAUGAAGCAAAGACGUCGUAUAAUAGGCUUCUUCACUUGCAAUCAAAACCCUCUCAGCAGAAGUGCAGACGUAUUGGAUUAUUUGGACAAAAGGUUGAUCUAGUGGAUCAUUAUGGUAAGAAGUUGGAAGACAUAGAGCAGAAUGUGAGAUUGGAGCAAUCUGAUGUCUCAUUGGCAGAAGAAACUCGAGCUGCCUUUGUGUCCUUCAGAUCUCGAUACGGUGCCGCUGUUGCUUUCCACUUACGACAAUCAAUCAAUCCCACACAGUGGGUUACAGAGGAAGCCCCUGAACCUGAUGAUGUUUAUUGGCCUUUUUUUUCUUCAUCAUUCAUGCGAAGAUGGAUUUCUAAGCUUGUGGUUGUUGUUGCAUGUAUUCUUCUAACAAUUUUAUUCCUCAUACCUGUCGUAGUUGUGCAAGGUCUUACUAACCUGAGUCAGUUGGAGACUUGGUUUCCAUUCUUGAAAAGCUUUCUGACCAUCACAUUUUUUAGUCAAGUAAUCACAGGAUACCUUCCCAGUCUAAUUCUUCUGUUGUUCCUUAAGAUCGUGCCUCCAAUCAUGGAGUUCCUCUCCUCCAUUCAAGGAUACAUUUCUCACAGUUAUAUAGAGAAGAGUGCAUGCAACAAAGUACUCUGGUUCACAAUAUGGAACAUUUUUUUUGCAACUGUGUUUUCUGGGUCAGUGUUAUACCAGGUUUCCAUCUUUCUUGAACCCAAGGAUAUUCCUGCAAAGCUGGCUGUUGCAGUUCCAGCACAGGCUUCGUUUUUCAUUGCUUAUGUUUUAACAUCAGGAUGGACAAGCACUGCUUCAGAACUCUUUCGCAUAAUCCCUUUUAUUUGCUCUCUAGUGACAAGAUGUUGUAAAAGGACAAAUGAACUUGAAGUUCCAUCCAUUCCUUACCACAGGGACAUCCCAAGAAUUCUUUUCUUUGGACUCCUUGGCAUUACAUAUUUCUUCCUAGCUCCACUAAUUUUGCCGUUCCUCUUGGUGUACCUUUGUCUUGCGUACAUAAUCUUCCGUAAUCAGUUCAUAAAUGUAUACAUGCCCAAGUAUGAGACUGCGGGGAAGUUUUGGCCUAUUGUGCACAAUUCGAUGAUAUUCUCUCUGGUACUCAUGCAUGCAAUAGCAAUUGGAAUCUUUACGUUAAAGAAGCUGCCUAUGGCAUCAACCUUAGUUUUUCCUCUCCCAGUCCUCACACUGCUUUUCAACGAGUACUGCCGGAAACGCUUUCUUCCGGUUUUUGUCGCUUACUCUGCGGAGGUUUUAAUAAAAAAGGACAGGGAAGAGGCAAACAACCCUGAAAUGGCUGAAUUUUUUGAUAAAUUGGUGACUGCCUAUCAAGAUCCGGCUCUAAUGCCCAUUCAGUACUCUGUGAAUUCUGACAGUCUUAACAGUCCCCUUAUAUCCGCUGAAGUUUGAAACUAAGGUAUGACAAUAUAUAUACAUAUAUAUGUAUAUAAGAUAUUGAGUGACUAGUAAGGGCAGUUUCUAUUAUCUCCUGCCAUUUUUCAUUAGUGACCUUUUCCUGCCAUGAGCAAAGUGUCCCAACCAAAAAUAUUUAUCACAUAGACGAUUACAUGCCUGGAUGUACUUGUAUGUCCAUUUGUGUUUUUUUUUUUAAUAUAAUUUUUAAUUUUUAAAAUAUACGCGGUGUAUAAAUUAACCUUGAGAUAUUGGUAAAUGGAAGAAUGCGAUCAACUCAUAUUUUUAUUCAC